UUCACAUGAUAUAAACCUAAUUAAAUUUUCCGUGGUUUGUAGUCUCCACCAAGACCACAUAUGUCGUGAUUGGAACGGGAUCAAUUCACAAACGCUAACAUUCUGGGAAGUGGAUCGCACGUACUAGGAAAAUGUUCCGUGGAAAAUAAGACUGAACGUUUCUAAAUUAUGAGAAAGUUAAUUGAUACUUGUUUCUUUAAAGAACUAAAAUAAUCUUGGACUGGGAAGUGUUGGAUUGUUUUCUUAAAGAACUAACAAAAUCUUGGAAGUGUACGAUUACAGAACUAAGUAUUGUCAUCUAGAAAUACGGAUAUCGUUAUAGAAAUCCAGGCGUUAUAAGGAAGUAUAGAGCAGAACCUCACAAGAUGUCUGAAGACUACAGCAUCUACACGGGUGUGGUCAAGAGUUUCGGCAUCGCCGACUACAUCCUCUUCUCUUUGACGCUUCUCGUUUCCGCCGGGAUCGGCAUCGGGUUCGCCAUAGCUGACAGGAAGAAGAACACGACGGACGAGUUUUUGCUGGGCGGGAAGAAGAUGAACGUCUUCCCCGUGGCCAUGUCCUUGAUGGUGACCUUCAUGUCGGCCAUGACCUUGCUGGGCAACCCGGCGGAGAUCUACAACUACAACACCAUGUUUUGGUAUUUGAUCGUCGCUUUCGUGACGGCCAUUUCUUUCUCCGCCUACAUCGUCAUACCUUUCUUCUACCAUCUUCAGAUAACCAGCACAUUCGAGUACCUGCAGAUGAGAUUUGACAGGGCCACCAGCCUGUUUGGUUGUUACAUCCUCAUCGCCCAGACGCUGAUCUACAUGGCGUUUCUGCUCUAUGCCCCGGCCCUGGCACUUAAUGCAGUGACUGGCGUCCACCUGUGGGGGUCAGUCAUAGGGAUGGGAUGUGUGGUCACCUUCUACACGACCUUGGGCGGCAUGAAAGCCGUGCUGUGGACGGACACCUUUCAGGCCGGUGUGAUCAUAGCGGGUCUGUUGGCGGUGCUCAUCAAGGGCUCUAUGGUGGAGGGAGGCUUUGACAAGGCCUGGGAGAUAGCCAACCUACACGGGCGGAUUGUCUUUGAUGAGGCGAAUCCCGACCCCAAGGUCCGUCACUCCAUCUGGUCCAUGGUGUUUGGGGGCUGGGCCUUCUGGAUGUACCUGUACGGGGUCAACCAGGCCCAGGUCCAGCGCUGUUUGAGCUGCCCCACGGUCAGGAAAGCUCAGCUUGCCAUGUGGAUCAACCUGCCGGGUCUGAUGUUUAUAGUCAGCACCUGUUGCAUGAUCGGCAUCGUCAUGUUCGCCUUCUACGUCGACUGCCACCCCAUCACCUACGGUCUUGUGGACAAAACUGACCAGCUUGUACCUCUGUACGUCAUGGACAUCCUCGGAGACUUUCCUGGCCUGCCUGGUGUCUUCGUCUCGUGUGUCGUCAGCGGCAGUCUCAGCUCCCUGUCAUCUGGCCUCAAUGCCCUGUCAGCUGUGACGUUACGUGACAUCAUGCAAGAGUCAUGUUCCAGCCUGACCAAGAUCAGCGAGUUCAGGACAACAAUCAUAUCCAAACUUAUAGUUUUUUUCUACGGUGUCCUAGCUAUUGGAUUGGCUUAUGUUGUGUCACACCUUGGGUCUAUAUUACAGGCUGUUUACAUCGUGUUUGGUAUACUGAACGGGCCACUGCUGGGUGUCUUUACCCUGGGGAUGUUCUUCCCGUGGGCCAACAGACGGGGCGCUUUUGGUGGUCUGAUUGGCUCCCUAGCCAUCCUGUUCUGGAUCGGCAUCGGAUCAUUCGUCUACAACAUAGAGACACCCGUCUCCCCCACUUUCGUGACGGGUUGUAACUUCACGGCUAAGCCAACCCCCUCUCCGGUCAACGUGACAACCACACCGGCCACCCCCACAGAGUCCAGCGAUCCAUUCAUAGAAAUGUACAAGUUGUCUUACAUGUACUACACAGCACUCGGCAUGCUAGCCGUCUGGGGUGUAGGGCUACCUAUAAGUUUUGCUACAGGCUACACCCGACCAGAGACCAUUGACCCUCGUCUCAUCUGCCCGGUAUUUGAGGAAAUGAUUCCAUGUCUGCCAGCUAAAGUUAAAAAGUUCUUUCGUUUUGGUAUCGUCCACGAAGGGAAAUAUGACAAAGAGGCCAAAACGGACAUUGAGAUGUCCAUCAAGGGAUCAUCGUCCAACACAUUAAAAGCCUCUCAGACCAGCCUCACACCAGAUGUAUUGUCUGACAAUGUCAACGAGACGAAAACUUCUAAAGUCUCCUUGGAAGUCGGCACUGAAAACGGAGACGCGGGCAAGGACAAUCUAGGGUAUAUAAGUGAUGUUGACAAAAGUGUUACGCGGUUAUGAAAAUAAACGUUCAUUUAUUUUUAAAAAACAUUAAAUCCAAUGAUCGUUCAUAAAACUAGUAUUUAUUAUUUUUAGAGUUCAUUUUUAUGAUAAUUAAAACAGUACCAAAAAAGUAAGAGAAGAUCAUCUUUUUCAAAUGAGUUUUCUUCAUUAUAAUAUUUCUGAUUCAUGCAGAUAAAAAUUUAAAUAUUAAUCUAGUUAAAAUGUUAAUUGUGAUAGAAAUUCGGAUAAAUAUUUUCUACUUACUCAUACAAUUAAGUCAUAUCGCUUGUCAUUUAACAACCAUUACUAUUAGAUUUAGAUGUGCUUAUUUAAAGAAUUAUAUUUAUUAUUAUAUCAAGUUUUAUAUAACUCUGUACCUACAUGUGUAGUGGGUUGAUAGCCCACGUAGGGGCACCCAUUUUCUAAAAACCCCAAUUUAUAAGGCCCACUUUUGACAUUUCAAAUAUUUUUUUUUCAAUAAAACACUCAAACACUGAGUCAUAUUCAUGACUAAAUAAUAAAUAGCAUAAAUAAAAUUAUAAAAUAUUUUUAUAAGCAAAGAUAGUUAUGUUUCCGUUUAUGACAGAUAAGGUAGAUAAUAACAUGAGGUAGAUUAUAAUAGAUUAUGUAGAUUAUAACAUGAGGUAUAUUAUAACAGAUGAGGUAGAUUAUAACAUGAGGUAGGUUAUAACAUGAGGUAGAAUAUAACAAGAGUUAGAUUAUAACAGAUGAGGUAGAUUAUAACAGAUGAGGUAGAUUAUAACAGGUGAGGUGAGGUAGAUUAUAACAUGAGGUAGAUUAUAACAGAUGAGGUAGAUUAUAACAUGAGGUAGAUUAUAACAUGAGGUAGGUUAUAACAUGAGGUAGAAUAUAACACGAGUUAGAUUAUAACAGAUGAGGUAGAUUAUAACUAGAGGUAGAUUAUAAAAGAUGAGGUAGAUAAUAACAGAUGAGGUAGAUUAUAACAGAUGAGGUAUAUAAAAAACAAUUAAUCUGUUCCUCUGAUAACGAAGAUAUUGAUCAGCACUAUGCCCAGUCACCUUUACUUUCCCUAAUUAGUUUACACAACCAUAACCAAUUAUGCAUUUCAAAACUCAUUAGAUUUUUAAUUUGUAUUUAUUAUAUGCCACAUUUUUAACAGGUGGAAUUGAGCAUUCGUUUACAUACGAGGCCAAUCGUCCAUUAUAAAUUUAAAAUAUAUUGUUUAUAAUCAGGGCUUUCAAACCGAACACCAUUCCAUAUGCAUUGCAGUUAUACAGAAUUGCACACUUCCGCCUUGAGGAUAUUAUAUUUAAAAGGUUUUGUUUGUUUACAGGUCUACUGUACACGUGAAGUCGAUAGUCUAGUGGUAACUAUGUGAAUGUUGUAACCAUUUUUUAUUUCCAUGGUCAGAUUGCAUUUGUCUUGUAUAAACCAGUGCAUUAGGUAUUUUAUUUACUGGAUGUCUUGUGCUAAAUACAAACGACACGGCUGAAGAUUUGAGAAUUAUUUAAGAUUGAUUAAACUUAUA